GAAGUUGGACCAUGUGGCAUGUGCCUGCUUCCCCCCCAUCUUAGACGGCAAUGACUUGGAGAAAAUGACAUCGACUAAUUUUCCCUAUGAUAUUAAUGCCCCUCCCAUGGCCAUUUUUCUCGCAUUCAAUUAUUCAAAACUACCAACUACUUUCUCCUUUCACUUCCCACUCCUGUAACUAUAACCAUGUUUGAUUGCCGGCAAAGGUUCGCCGGGAAACCACUCUCUCCUGUGAGUCCAACCUACCAAAUACGUAGAAGUCAUGACAGUGAAGGAGAUAUAGAAUUCGAUUUCUGGGGUGCAUGUCAGAAUGGAGAUCAUGACAGUUUUAGCGGUCGGUUUAGUGGCACUGACGUAGAGUUUCAAUCUCAAGCAAGCCUUGUUGAAGAAGGGUUUGGAGAUUCCUCACCAGCCUUGUGGGAGAGAAACACAUCAGGAAGUACUGAUUAUGAAUCUUCUCCUCUGCUCCCCCAUGACCAUCGUUCUAGCAAUCUUUCCCCCACUUCAAGAAAAAAAGCAAUUGCAGAAGGUAGAAGGCAGCUUAUGGAAAUGGUUCGACACAUGUCCGAGUCUUGUUACGAGCUAUCUCUAAAAGAUAUUGUUGAUGAGAAGCAUAUCUCGGCAGUUCAAAAGGGAACUGUCGUUGAAAAGAGCAGCGCCUUUCAUCCCGAAACUGAACCUCAGAUGAAGAAGCAAAAGAAGAAAAAGAAAGGCAUUAAUAAGGCACGUCAGGUGUCGAGGAUUAGAAGUAUGGACAGUGAAAAUUUCCUUCUCAAGAUGUUCUUUCCAACGUCUCUAGCUUUGAAGAAGAAAUCAAAGGCAGGAGAGUGCUCAAAAGUCUCUCCAACUCCAUCUUUUGUGGAAACCAAGCAUCAUAUUGACAAGGAAUGGUGGAUUAAAAGGUUUUUUCUUGUAGGAGAUAGUAAAAGAAGUCGAGGGAAUAUCAUGAGUGGAAGCACAAGUAGCAGCAACAGCAGCACAAGCAGGCACGAUGAUGCCAGUUUCAUACCUGGUUGCUGGUGCUUCUUCCACACCAAGAAAAACAAAGCUAAGAGACAGAAGGGAUGCCUCUUGGAAUGCAAUUGACAACAGCAUAAGAUCUAUGAUUGCAUCAGAAUUAUGAUGGUGUAAUGCUUUUGUUCCUAUAUCCAUCAGGAGCAAAUCUCUCAAACCUAGUCAAUCUGCACAUCCUAUUGCUGCUGGAUAAUUUGGAGGAACUAUAUAGGUGGAGCAGGAAUGGCCAGAUGCAGCUUUUGUGCUGGAAAAGCUAGUACUGAAAUCUCAAGCUGCAAAUUAACAUUUUCCACCAUUUUUGUGAUUGGCCAUUGGUCUCAGCAUAAUAGCUGGAACAGAGGUUAAUAUUUUAGUCUGAAUCUUGGGUAGCAAGAACCUGUUGAAUAUUGUACAAUAAGAAUAUCCUGGAACAGAUCAUGUAUAUUUCCUUGUUGUUUCCAGGUUCACUAACCUGAUAUGCAAUUCCUUGCCCAAGAGAUGGAUUAAAAACAGAGAGGCCAGCAAAUAGAUAAUUUUGGGAACAAAAUUUAAGGCUCU